AAGAGCCCAUUUUUGUUUGAAACAAAAAAUAUAUAACUUGAGCGUUUUUUUUCUCCUUACAUAUUUGUUAAGAGAUUUGUGUGUGAAAAAGUAAUUUAUUAAUUAAAAUCAAUAUAAAAUUAUGGCUGCAUCAACUGAAAUACAGAUAGCAAAUAUUACAAAUUUUGAAAAGAUACAAAACUUUUUAAAUGAUUCUGCUUACAAAGAAAUUUUAGAAAACAGUGAAAAUUUUAAUACAAGAUUAUGUAUAGAACGCCGUCUUCGUAUGCCAUUCUUAGAUCCACAAACUGGUGUUGCACAAAAUCAUUGUGCAUUGUUUAUGAGUAAAAGACAACGUUUACCAGGAUUUCGAGAUGGACAAAUUUAUACGUAUCCAUCGUCAAGGUGGCGAAAAUCGAAACGACAAUAUUUGUUACACCAUCAAAGUUACAAGGCUUUUCAAUUUCGUGAAACUCAUUACCAACAUCAUCAUCAUCAAGGUGAAACUGGUUCAGCUGGAACCAGUGAUGCAAAUUCUUUAACAGCAGCAGCUGAUAAUGACAGUAAAGAUAGCCACCGUAAUGAUGAAGAAACUAAAUGGUAUCAUGAUGAAAUGGAUUUAAAUCAUUUUGAAGACUUUGAAGAAGAUUUUGAUUCGGAUUUAGAUUUUGAUGAAUCAUAUAGUAAGCCAAGACGUAAGAAAGGUAAAACUGCAAGAAAAAGUAAUGCAGAUGGUAUAUCAACUCCUGUUAAAAGAGGACGUGGAAGAGGAGGUGGUAGAGGACGUGGUCGUGGGGAUGGUGAAGGACGUCGCGGUCGAGGUUCAAAUGCUUCCAGUACAAUUCCACCACCAUCACUUUCAACAAAUAACAGUUCAUCAGCAUCUAAUCCUGGUGAUGAUAUACAAAUGCCAGUUUUAACACCUGAACAAAAAAUGUCUCCCGGAGAAGAUUCUUCUGAUGGUCAGCCACUAUCUUUGUUAGCAGGUACAGCAACUUUAUCAGCAAAUAGCACAAAUAGUACAACUGGGAAUACAGCAAGCGCAUUCAAUUUAGGUUCAACUUCAUCAUCUGAUAAUAAUGUGAGUACCAGUGGUAGUAGCAGUAACAAUAAUACGAAAACUACAUCAAAAGCAUCAAAACAAGUAAGAAAUGAUCGUGGUAAAGCUCAACCAUCACCAUAUUGUGAUUUCUGUUUGGGUGAUGCACGUGAAAACAAAAAAACUAAUUUGCCUGAAGAGUUAGUAUCUUGUUCAGAUUGUGGAAGAUCAGGUCAUCCAACAUGUUUACAAUUUACACCUAAUAUGAUAGUAUCAGUUAAACGAUAUCAUUGGCAAUGUAUUGAAUGUAAAUAUUGUUCAAUAUGUGGUACAUCAGAUAAUGAUGAUCAAUUAUUAUUUUGUGAUGAUUGUGAUCGUGGGUAUCAUAUGUAUUGUUUACAGCCGCCAUUGACAACACCACCAGAAGGAUCAUGGAGUUGCAAAUUAUGUUUGGAAGAAUUUCAUGGUGCAACAAAAUUAAUUAGAAAUGUGUCGAAUGAAAAAAAAAAUACAUAUUGUGCAGUGACGAUUUUUUUUUUUAAUUUUAAAAAUAAUUUGACAAGGUUUAUUGGAGCUGCAGAGAGUAUUCGUUAGGUUUAAGUGUACCAAAAUAAUUAAAUGUAUUUAAUUUGUAUUUGUAGUAUAACUUUGUAACGUUCAAUAAUUUUUGAAGAAUUGAUUUUUAAGAAACACACAAAAAAAAUAUAUAUUUUUUUUUUUAUUGAGGAUAGAUCUCAAAAAUAUUGAAUUGUUUUAUAAACAAAACAGAGUUUAAAAAACUCAUUUGUGAAGGUAAUAGUUUCGAGUGUGAAUAUUAAUUAAUAAUUUUUUAAUGAAUUUUAAAUAGUUUUUAUAUAAUUAAGGUUGAUUUUUAUUACGAUAUAUGUAUUUUUUUUAAUUACAUGUAAUAAAUUGGCUGAAUAUUCUACAAAAUGCGCAAAACCUGUUAAGUUUAUAUUUAUUUACAUCAAUAAUAUAUGACAAAUUUUAAUAAUAUUUUCACAAUAUUUCUUUUUAAUAUUUAAUUAAUUUUUUUUAUUUGUAAGAUAUAAAAUUUUGAAAAUCUUUUUUUUGUUUUACGUGAAGAAAUAUUUUAACAUAUUAAAGCACCAGUUGUGUUUGUUUUUGUCGUUUUGUUUCAUAUUUAUAUUUUCAUACUACUAACACGCAUUUAAUAAAAUAUUUUAAUUUUUAAAUUUUUAGAAUAUGUAAGAUUCUUUUAAAGACUUAUAAAAAUUUUAUUGAUAUUUCAUUAAUUUUUUUAUAAAAUUUCAGGUAUUUAUAAUUUUAAAAAACAAGUAUUAACUUUUAAGAGCUUAUUUCUUUCUAGCUUAUUAUUUUUAAGUAAAAUUAUUAUUUUAUUUUGUAUGUAUUUGCUGUAUUUUAGAUUUAAUCGUUUUUAUUUUUCAAGAAACUUAAAAUUGCGACAAUUGAAACAUUUAAUAAAAAAUUAGUAGAAAAAUAUUACUGUCUAAAGUAUGUGUUUUGAAUUUUUGUGUUAUGGCAUUAAAAUACAUAGUAUUUCAAGUUUUUAUUUAUAGUAAUUGUAUAAAUAAUUAAUAAAAUAAUAAUUCAAUGUCUUAAAUUUCAUAUUAUAUUUUUUUUAACUAAUUUACUUAUUCAAUUCAAAUGAACCUAA